GCUCCCGGGGAGACCCCCCGCGCCGGGCGGGCCCGGGCGGCGGCCAUGCCAGUGCGUGCGGCCGGUGCUGAGUCAGGAAGAGGCAUCCCCAAAUCCCCCUCCGAGACCAUGGAGGAGCUGGAACACACCUGCCCACAGCCGCGCCUGACUCUGACGGCACCUGCUCCAUUCGCUGAUGAAACAAGCUGUCAGUGCCAAGCACCCCAUGAGAAGUUAACCAUUGCACAAGCCCGCCGGGGAACACCAGUUGACAGACCUGUCAGAGUGUAUGCAGAUGGAAUAUUUGACCUCUUCCAUGCUGGACAUGCUAGAGCUCUUAUGCAAGCCAAAACUCUAUUCCCAAAUAGCUACUUAUUAGUAGGAGUUUGCAGUGAUGAUUUAACUCAUAAAUUCAAAGGCUUCACUGUGAUGAAUGAAACUGAGCGAUAUGAAGCCCUCAGACACUGUCGUUAUGUGGAUGAGGUCAUCAGAGAUGCACCCUGGACACUGACACCUGAGUUCCUUGAAAAACAUAAGAUUGACUUUGUAGCACAUGAUGACAUCCCGUACUCUUCCGCUGGAUCGGAUGACGUAUACAAACACAUAAAGGAAGCAGGAAUGUUUGUACCUACGCAGAGAACCGAAGGUAUCUCCACAUCGGACAUCAUCACGCGCAUCGUGCGCGACUACGACGUGUACGCCCGGCGCAACCUGCAGCGAGGCUACACCGCCAAGGAGCUGAAUGUCAGCUUCAUCAAUGAGAAGAAAUAUCGCUUUCAAAACCAAGUGGACAAAAUGAAAGAAAAAGUCAAGAAUGUGGAGGAAAAGUCAAAAGAAUUUGUUUACAAGGUGGAAGAGAAGAGCCAUGACCUCAUUCAGAAAUGGGAAGAAAAGUCCAGGGAAUUUAUUGGCAACUUUUUAGAGCUGUUUGGACCUGACGGAGCUUGGCACCCAAUGGCCCAAGGAGCUCCUUGCCUGCAAACAGCAUGGCUUACUGACCCUGCUAGCACAGCUGGAGAGAAAGGUGUUCUGAGGCAGAAGCAGAUGUUCCAGGAACGAAGCGGGCGAAUGCUCCAGGCCUUUUCUCCCCGGCAGAGCCCCAACAGCAGUCCUACGCGAGGCCGCUCGCCAUCCCGGUCUCCAUCUCCACCCUGGGUCAUCAAUAAGACCUCCCCUCCCUCUUCUCCAAAAGCUGCCUCUGCCUCCCUCAGCAGCAUGAGCGAGGGAGACGAGGAUGAAAAAUAAAAUAUAUAUUUUUUUAACCAUGAGACAGAAGAACAAGCUAUGAACUCAACCACUGGAUGGGGAGAAGCGUGAGGAACACCAGGGGUAUCUCUGACAACAGGGAUCGUGCUCUGGGAGAUGUCAAAAAUGAACUGGAGCACAGCAAGGGAGAUCUCAGGAAGAGCUUAUCCCAUCCCCACUCCCUCACGGUGCUGGAGGCCCAGCCAGCAGCACUUGCCAGGCACAGCCCCAGGGACUGGCAGAAAACCACACCCAUGUGCAAGUUCCUGCCCCGUCUUGCUGAUUUCCAGCUCUGCUCCAGGCCAGGCCUGUGGGAGCUCUGCACCAAUGGGGGCUGGCAGGAGGAGCCCAGCUGGCUCCUGAUCCAGACCCAGCACACGGGGAAGUGCUGGCUGCAGUCUGCAGAGAGAGAAGAUGCAGUUAUACCCUGCUGACCUUGAGUUCUUCUGGCACGUGAAGGAAUGGCAUUGCUGCAGCAAAUAUGUUGAGAAACUGGGAAUAAAUAAAGUUGGGGUUUUUUUUCUUUUUGAAUAACAUCUGCCCCAGAGCCCAAAUCAUGCACUGAAAUGAAGAGAUCUCCAGGCAAGUUGGUGGAAAUCCAUUUAACAUAUUCAGUGCUGCUUGCUGACCAAGCCUCUGUGUGGGGUGUAGGUAAGGAGUUGGGCUUUUUGCUUUAUCAAAUCACUCUCCAUGUUCCUGGUGCCUCAACAGCUGCCUAAUCACUUCUGGUUUGCUCCCUGGCUUUGCACUUUGAAGGCAAGAAAGUAAAUGAAAAGACAGCUAUAGCUGGAGUGUGGUGGUGUAGGAAAUAAGACAGUUUGAAGACGCUGAUGGUUUUUACUGGUGAAUUAUAAAAAUAUCCCAAGGCCUUUGGACAUGGCCUUCUAGAAAAAUCUGCUGCUCCCAGCUAUGUAUCAGCAAAUGACAAGCAAACAGUGCUGUUGUCACAUGGUACUCAGCCAGGACAAACUUCUCAUCAAACUCUAAACAAGAUGUGUUCACAGACAUCAAACUCUAAACAAGACGUGUUCACAUCCUCUGCCCCUGCAAAGGGUCCCAAGGCUAUUCCUGUACACUAAUAUGGAGAAAAAAAUGAAAAAAUGAAAAAAAAAAAACCAAAAAAACAAAGGAAACUUUUUGAACAGGAUUAGGCAGAACUAUUUUCUUUCUCUGUCCAUGAGAGGUGUACAGCCUCAAGCAGAAACACAGGUGAAGCUCUCCCCCCAAUGCUGAUCUUCCUAGUUGGAAAAGCCAGUCCUGCCUGACAUCUGGUUCCACAUUCAGUCCCUCAGCUGACACCUGCUGGGGUGGCUGCAGGAGCUGGCAGGAUUCCUGAGCCCUGGGGUUGCUUUGCCCCACAGCUGCAGGAACCCCCCAGCACUGUGCCACUGAUGGGACUGUGCCACUGAUGCCAUUUGGCUCCCAAGCUUGCCUGGCACAGCUGCCUUAGUGCACAGGCACAUUUGGGGCUCUCCAGCCCAGCAGCAGCUUUGGUGCCAGGCCAGCAGGUAAAAGCUGCCACUGUCCCUGUCUCACAGGCAGCCUGUGGGCACAGCCCCAGGCAGCCCGGGCAGGGGGCUGCAGCCACAGCAGCACUCCUGUGCCACCACUGCCUGCAGCUGCAACCCCACUAGGACACGCUGGCUGCUGUGGGCACCACCAGUCAGCAUUUGCUAGAUCCCUGCACAGGCAGCACAGGAAAUGGUGGAGGAAGGAGGGCUCCACUUCUCUCUUGGAAAAAAACUGAGGGAUCGAGAUGUCCAAGCAUGUGAGGUGGCUGUGCUUGCUGGCAGCAGCACCCCCUGGCUGCCGUCCUUACCUGGCUGGGUGACCUGGUUGGUAGGUAGACACCUUUCCAGAUACUCUUCUGGGCAAGUACAUUACAGACCUUGGUAACAGGCACCAAAUUAGCCACACACUCUGCUCACUCCCUAUAGCUUUCAUCCCUCCUCCACUACAAGGUAACUGAUUUUUCUUUGGCAACAUUUUGCCAGACACUUCUCAGACCACCACAAGACCAAGUACACAGCAUCUCAUGCACUUUGUCCUCUGGAGUCAGCUAGUUCCUUCAGAGAGCUGCAAAAAGAGGUGAGCAGGAAACAGGGUGGAAUGUGCACAGGGACAGCCACAGAUAUUUCAGCUGCUGCCAGCUGUGUGCCUGAUGGGAUGAUGCAAUUAAGACCUUUCUCAGCCUUAGGCAACCUGCUACUGUAAUUUCAUACCUGGGAUGCACUUGUUAGUUUUUCUGAUCUUUUGCAAGUCUUAAGUCUUCCCAUCACAAACCACUCCUCCACCACAGGAACUGUCUGCUUCUACUGGUGCUGUUGAGAGACGAGCCAUAUCCAAAUGCAGUGGAGGUGGGCAAGGAUUUGUUGUUCUUGGCUUUUACCAUUGUUUCUUGUUCAUUUUACUUUCCUAGUACUUACUGUUCAGCAGCCCUUGCUCAGUGGUUUAAGUGGAGACAGCACCAUAACUUGUACAUGGGAACUAGAGAAAAACUCACCAGUGACCUGUUCUUAACAGAAGCUGUUUCUCAGGGUCACAGGUGGCUACCCAGCAACAAAGCCAUAUUCUGUACCAGGUGUCUGUUUGCAUUUAGGGUAUCACUAAGCUGAAGCCUUUGCCCUGCUGGUACAUUCAUGUGCUGUCUCUUGCAAACCAGAACCUCAUGGUGUCUGGACACGUGGAAGGCAAUUUUGCACUUCUGAGUCAUGGUUGGGUUUUCACAAGUAUUGCUUUAAUUUAGUCCUAUUUAUCAGCCAAGCUCCAUAUGAACAAUAAAGUGUAUGACAGAUA